AUGCAGGCGCCACAGACCGAUAGCGGACUCCCACAAACGUCAAAGCUGUCAUGCUUCUCCUGCAGGAAUCGAAAACAGAGGUGUGACAGGCACUUGCCCAGCUGUUCAAGGUGUAAGAGGCUGCUACUUGAUUGCGUCUAUCCUAGGCGCGACUCCCAGGGCUUGAACGCAGAGCCUGGAGCGGGAAUCGUGCCGAGCCUCAGCAGAGUAAAACCCGAAAUCAAGAGAUUACGGGAUGACCUUCUCUGUCUUACCACCCAAUUAUGCCAGCCUCACUCCCCUCAGUUUAUUUCAUGUCAUAGACAACUCUUCACCAGCAUGUUGGAGAGCCACUUUUCGACUACUCAUAUGUGGCUACCUCUAGUGCAGAAGACGUCUGUCGCUGAAAGACUAGAUGGCUCACAGACACACCAAAGCCCGGCUUUUCUUCCCAUGCUUUUAGCAAUUUGCCUUAAUAGUAAGGAAGUCUGCGGCAUGGGAUCUUUGCAAAGUCUCGAAGAGGCCUUGUUUGCUGCUGCAAAGAGAUAUUACUGGGGAUCACAGCCGACAUCCGCCCCAGCCAUGGAGCUGAUUGUGGCCGGAAUACUUUUAUCAACGUACGAGUACGGGCAUGGCUUAGCGCAGGAAGCCUACAUGACCAUCUCGACGUGCACCGCUAUGAUUCAAGUUUCGGGUCUUCUUUCAUACCACAAGAAUCGGGUAGAUGCAUCCUCUGUGGUAGUAGAGCAGUCGCGCGCCGUGUGGGCUGCAAUCAUGAUAGAGCGGUUGAUUGCAUUAAAGGCGCAGAUCUUGCUGCGAAGCAAUGACCAUCACUACUCUUGCAAUCAUUCGCCUACAUACUUAUCGAUUGCAGUGGAUGACACGCGAUUCACUAUCUGCCUCCGAUCGAUUCACAUCGUCUGCAACUUUAGAAAAGGUGGUCUGUAUUACUCUCGAAAAUGUAGAGGAGCAUAUGAGUAA